CCAGAGCAUUCUGAGUUGUACACACAUCUGGACUCUACAGGACAACAUGCUGGCUCUUCUCUUCAUCCUGGGGAUCUUGUGUCCCUUAAACUUUGCAGAAAUAGAAAUUCGAUUGCUGGAUCCUGAAAUAGAUGGUGUGCUGGCGAGUAGGUUCCCAAACUCUUUUCUGCUGAGUCUGCCAGACUGCAGCGUUUAUGGGAACAAGUCUGCCGAGCUGCUGUACACAGAACUGCCGUCCAAUGAAAACAAAACAAAGAGUUUCAUCGUUCCAUCUUGUUCUGUCAGUCGGCUGGGGUUCCUUCUGCAAAACCUCAAAAAUGGCACAACAUACAAUAUGCAGUACAAAAUUGCAGGCUCAAAUGAUACAAGUGCAAACUUGACUAUGGCGACUACCAAUGUCAUUGAUUUCCAGCAGAUAGACAGUGGUCUUCCAGCGCGCAGUGGAGCCAUGGUGGUCAUCACCGUCAUUCUGUCUGUGGCUAUGGCGGCCCUCCUCAUCGGCCUCAUUGUUAGCGUCCUCUUUUCCGGCUAGCCUGAACAUGAUGCACUUCAACACUAUA